GGUCAAAGACUUGCGUCAGUCGCUGAGCAUUACCUCACAUUGACAAUCAUGCGUGCAGUCACGUGUGUCCUCUAUCAAAUGUACAUUUUCUUGUUUGGGUGUGUGGUGUCAGCACGGCAGGUAGACUAAGAAAGUGUACCGGAAUAGUUUUGCAGACUUGCCUUGUAGUGCGGGCUUUCUCGGUCAACUCGUUAUGGAGUGAUCAAAAUCUCUGUGCUCUCUGAUGACCGUGAUGUAAAACGUAAAAAUGAGAAGAUUGUGGCUUCGAUGCAACCUGCAAAAGGUCAUAUUUUUCUUUUUUGCACUGAUUCUCCUAUGUGUUUUUAUCUUUGUGCCAGCAGAAGUGUCUGAGAGGCCUCGGUUCAUAGUAGAAUUUGGCAUUAAUUGCUCGGCAAUAUAUGACAUGGAACCUGUUGAAGUAAACAAGUGUUUGGUCGCCCGGAAAAAACGAUACGUGGGGCCAACUGACAAGAAUGUUGUGAAUGCCACUUUUGAUUGCGAUCAGUUUGUCGCAUCAAAGGGUUAUGAUGCAUUACAAGGCUCUGAGUUUGAGCGCGAGUUUCCUCUUGCUUACUCUUUGGUUGUUCACAAGAAUGCUGAUCUAGUGGAGAGGUUACUGAGGGCCAUUUAUAUGCCACAUAAUGUUUAUUGCAUACAUUAUGACCAGAAGUCUUCAGAUGACUUUAAAUCAGCGAUGCAAGGACUGACCCGCUGCCUCCCUAACGUCUUCAUCGCCUCAAAGCUGGAGAGGGUGCAGUAUGCAGCCAUCUCACGCCUCAAAGCGGAUCUCAAUUGCCUGUCUGAUCUCAUGGAGUCUGAGGUCAAGUGGAAGUAUGUCAUCAACCUGUGUGGUCAGGACUUUCCACUGCGGACGAACGCUGAGCUGGUGUCAGAUCUAAAGAUGCUUAAAGGCAGGAACAUGGUGGAGAGCAAGAGACCUGGGGGAAAGGAAUGGCGCUGGAGAUUUCACCAUGUCUUAAAAAAUGAGAUAUCUGACAAUUAUGAGUUGCCUAUAACUACUAAUGAGAAGAAAAUUCCACCACCUCACAACAUAGAAAUGUUUGUGGGCAGUGCGUACUUUACACUCUCAUGGGAAUUUGUACUUUUUGCACAGAGUUCCCUAGCCAGAGAUUUCUUGUCCUGGUCUGAGGACACAUACUCACCCGAUGAGCAUUUUUGGGCAACUCUAGUUCGUGUGCCGGGAGUACCAGGAGAGGUGUUGAGAUCUGACCCCGACAUCACAGAACUGACAAGUAAAACUCGUCUGGUGAAGUGGAAGAAUUUAGAAAAAAAUCUUUACCCACCCUGCACUGGUGAGCAUGUACGGUCUGUGUGUGUUUAUGGUGUUGGUGAGCUCAGAUGGCUUCUUAACUAUGGUCACUGGUUUGCUAAUAAAGUGGACCCGAACAUAGAUCCUAUUCUUAUUGAAUGUUUAGAGGAGAAGCUUUUAGAAAAACAGAUGGCUUCAAACAAAACAAUGAAGUGAUCUUGUUUUCUUUACUGUUUGUGGUGGUCAUCUUCUGGUUUUCAUCAAGAAAACAUCUUCCUUCAUUAUUCUCAUAAAAAAAGACUGAGUAUGAAUUUAUUUUAUAAUAAACAGGGUGCAAAAGACUGAUGGAAUUUUCUUUUGGUAGACAAAAUAAUUAAAUUCUUGUUCACUUUUUGUCUCAUUGCUUUUAUUUGCAAUGUAUUUUUACAUUAAAAAGGAAAAGAUUUAUGAUCCACAUCCUUUUUUCUCAUUCCUCUUUGGCUAUAAAUGGCUAUAAAUAACCUCACCUCCUACCAUGACUAAACCUGUUUAGCACUCUCUCACCCUCACAGAGUAGUUUAAUACCAGUUUAAAGAAGAUUUAUCUGCUUGCAGUUAUGAAAUCUGUUAAUCUACAUAACAUUUGAGUGCAUGAAAGCCCUUGAACGUACCCGAUUUGUAUCAAGUCAGUACACAUUGUCAGUGUAAUUUGUAAUCAGUGUAAUUUUUAAUUUGCAAUUCACCCAAAUCUGUAAUGAACAAAACAGGUAAGCACUAAAUACUGAAGUCUGGCUGUACAAGUUAUUCUCUGUCGCCCCCUGCUGUGUACAAAACUUUUAAUCUGAGUCGAUCUUUAAAAAACACUUAAAUUACUUCGUGUAAUGUCUAAAAGAAAUUACAAAUGUAUGUUGUAAUAUAGUCCAUAUUUAUAUUUUUUUCAACACACAUUUUAUAUAUUUGCUUUACAAUAUAUAACACAGAAGAGCUUGACAUUGGAAUCAGUACCAUGUCUAUAGCCGACACGACAGUAUAUACUAUAACUACAUUUGUUUACCCCACUUGUAUAAGCAUGUGAGAUAGUAAAACUUGAUAAGUGUCUAACCAUAGGCCUAUGUUACAUAUUUAACCUUUCAUUUAUAUAAAAGCUAUAUGUUUAUCUGCAGUUAGGCUUUCUUUUACAUACUGUACAUUGAUGGUGGGCAAAGAUCCUCUCAGUUGUUAUAAGGCAUUUCUUAAUCCCUUUGUUAACACUAUCUUAUCUUGACUACACAAUUAUAAUAAAAUCAACAAACUAAACAAGCAAAAUCGGAUCCUGUCAGCAUCCUAAUUUUUAUACGAUUUUCAUCUUUGAAUGUUAAACCUAUACCUUUAAGGUUUUGACUCCUCGACGGACAAAACAUAAACUCUGCUACCCAAACAUUACCUAAUGCA